AUUAGACUUGAAAGCAUCUCUCGCACGUAAAAAAAUUUUUUUUUAUCCGUUUGGCAAUUAAAAAAAAAAAGUGAAAAGCAAGGAAUGAAGUGCCAAAUUCCUGAAAUAUCCUGGCACAAUCGCGAUCCGGUGCUGAGUGUCGAUAUCCAGCCACGAUGCGGCAAGAAAUGGCGCCUCGCGAGCGGCGGAACUGAUUCCCACGUUUUGAUUUGGUACUUGCAACACACAGAAACGGGCCAAAUUGAGCUAGAAUGUGCUGCGGACUUGGCACGCCAUCAAAGGGCGGUAAAUGUGGUACGAUGGUCGCCGAAUGGCGAGCUUCUGGCAUCUGGCGAUGAUGAAAGUGUCAUUUUUAUCUGGAAGCUGAAGGGAGAAAACGAAGCUGUGAAUAUUUUGGACGACACCAACGAACAAGAUAAAGAAAUAUGGAUUACCUUGAAGAUAUUGCGCGGGCACAUGGAAGACGUUUACGAUUUGGCAUGGAGUCCUUCAUCAUCGCAGCUCAUUAGUGCCUCCGUGGACAAUACAGCGAUGAUUUGGGACGUCACCCGGGGCAAACAUUCGCACAUUUUCCAGGAACAUCAGGGUUUCGUGCAAGGCGUCACCUGGGAUCCGCAAAAUAAAUAUGUCGCCACGCUGUCGUCCGAUCGGAAUUUCCGCGUGUUUAGCUUGGCAUCGAAAAAAAUGUUGGCGCGCAGUGGAAAAGGCGUCUUACCGGUGCCAAAGGAUCAUUUUCUCGCAGCAGAACCAGCGCGAUUGUAUCACGAUGACACACUGCAAUCGUUUUUCCGACGUCUCAGCUUCAGCCCGGAUGGAUCAAUUGUCGUGGCGCCCGCUGGCGUCGCAAAUGAGGGCAAAAAACCCGUUCACACAACGUACAUUUACACACGGAACAACUGGAAAACGCCUGCCAUUGUGCUCCCGAGUCCCGAUCAGUACACCGUUGCGACGCGUUUUUGUCCCCUUCUUUUCAAACUGGAUGGCGUUUCGAAAGAAAACCCUCCUGUCAUCCCACUGCCUUAUCGCAUGAUUUUCGCUGUAGCGACCCGUUCUUCGGUUUAUUUGUACGAUACGCAACAAAAAAGUCCCUUUGCUGUCGUCUCGAACAUCCAUUAUGCGCGUCUCACGGAUUUAGCGUGGUCUGAAGACGGCGAAUUUCUCAUUGUCUCCAGCACUGACGGAUUUUGCUCGAUAAUUGUCUUCGAAAAGGGCGAACUUGGCGAAAUUUACGACGCCAAAAGCAAGAAUCUCGUGGAAAAUGUCGAACCGGUCAUCAUCGAAGCCGGAGAUAAAAUCAUCGAAAUCCCUUGUGACAAAAUUCUGAGUGUCGAUCAGAAAUUUGCGUCGCCCGAGAAGAAAGAAACGCCCGUGACGCCAAUUGCGGUGCGUCGUCAUCCCCGAACGAAUCAAGAAAAUGAAGUAAAAACCCCGCCAAAGGACGAAAAAACAUCAAAUACACCGAAAACGAGCAAAACUCCGCAACCCAUAGCGAUUCGUAGACAACCACGUGUUCAAGCGUCAUCACAAAAAGCCGCGAAUAACGAGGCGAAAGUAUCGCAAGUGGCAUCGAUGGCAGAUGAAGCAGUUGAUGCAUGGCCUAUUGACGAACCAAAACCACUUUCGGCAUCGGAGACCUUUAUGUCGCCCGGCGAGAGCGAUAAGACGCAAGAUAUCCACUUGGUAGUUGAGGACGAUGAGGGCGAAGCGCCGACAAAGACUGAAGAAGAGGAGCAAAAAAUGGAGGUCGAUGAGGAAAAGGAGACGGAAGUUGUCGAGGAUGCUCCUAAAACGCCGCGCCGCGUCGAGUUUCGGACAAUUUCGACACCGAAAUCCAAGAAAAAGUUGCUCUAACUUGAAUUACGUUCCAUGUUAACUUGUAUUAUUUCACUAAAUACUGCUUUUAAAUAUUCCUUAGUGCACACAAUUUUUUAAUGAAUAAACCAACAGAAUUAUUUUUAUAAAUUAAUUUUUUU